CCGAGGGUGACGCGUGGCGUAGACAACGCCGACGGUCUGCGCCUGUCACCCCCACUGGGGUUUGUAGCGGAGGAGGAGCGGGCGCCAUGGCGGUUCUACUGGAGACCACUUUGGGCGACGUCGUCAUCGACUUGUACACCGAGGAGCGGCCGCGUGCCUGCUUGAAUUUCUUGAAAUUGUGCAAAAUAAAAUAUUACAAUUAUUGCCUUAUUCACAAUGUACAGAGGGAUUUUAUCAUACAAACUGGCGAUCCUACAGGGACUGGCCGUGGAGGAGAGUCUAUUUUUGGCCAACUGUAUGGUGAUCAAGCAAGCUUUUUUGAGGCAGAAAAAGUCCCAAGAAUUAAGCACAAGAAGAAAGGCACAGUGUCCAUGGUGAAUAAUGGCAGUGAUCAACAUGGAUCUCAGUUUCUUAUCACUACAGGAGAAAAUCUGGAUUACCUUGAUGGUGUCCAUACAGUGUUUGGUGAGGUGACAGAAGGCAUGGACAUAAUUAAGAAAAUUAAUGAGACCUUUGUUGACAAGGACUUUGUACCAUAUCAGGAUAUCAGGAUAAAUCAUACAGUGAUUUUAGAUGAUCCAUUUGAUGACCCUCCUGAUUUAUUAAUCCCUGAUCGAUCACCAGAACCUACAAGGGAACAAUUAGAUAGUGGUCGAAUAGGAGCAGAUGAAGAAAUUGAUGAUUUCAAAGGAAGAUCAGCUGAGGAAGUAGAAGAAAUAAAGGCAGAAAAAGAGGCUAAAACUCAGGCUAUACUUUUGGAGAUGGUGGGAGACCUACCUGAUGCAGAUAUUAAACCUCCAGAAAAUGUACUGUUUGUGUGUAAAUUGAACCCAGUGACCACAGAUGAGGAUCUGGAAAUCAUAUUCUCUAGAUUUGGGCCAAUAAGAAGUUGUGAAGUUAUCCGAGACUGGAAGACAGGAGAGUCCCUCUGUUAUGCUUUUAUUGAAUUUGAAAAGGAAGAAGAUUGUGAGAAAGCAUUCUUCAAAAUGGACAAUGUGCUUAUAGAUGACAGAAGAAUACAUGUGGAUUUUAGCCAGUCUGUUGCAAAGGUUAAAUGGAAAGGAAAAGGUGGGAAAUACACCAAGAGUGAUUUCAAGGAGUAUGAAAAAGAACAGGAUAAACCAUCUAAUUUGGUUCUGAAAGAUAAAGUAAAGCCCAAACAGGAUACAAAAUACGAUCUUAUAUUAGAUGAGCAGGCCGAAGACUCGAAGUCAAGUCACUCACACACAAGUAAAAAACACAAGAAGAAAACCCGCCACUGCUCUGAAGAGAAAGAAGAUGAGGACUACAUGCCAAUCAAAAAUACUAAUCAGGAUAUCUAUAGAGAAAUGGGGUUUGGUCACUAUGAAGAAGAAGAAAGCUGUUGGGAGAAACAAAAGAGUGAAAAGAGAGACCGAACUCAGAACCGAAGUCGUAGUCGAUCUCGAGAGAGGGAUGGCCAUUAUAGUAAUAGUCACAAAUCAAAAUACCAAACAGAUCUUUAUGAAAGAGAAAGGAGUAAAAAGAGAGACCGAAGCAGAAGUCCAAAGAAAUCCAAAGAUAAAGAAAAAUCUAAAUACAGAUGAAAGAUGAAGAGGCAGAAUUGAGAGGCUAACAUAUUUACUCUUGUCUAACUUAAGAGUGCCAGGAAAGCAGAUGCUUAGAUUUUGUGUCAAAGCUUGUUAUUUUUUUCAUACUAGGAUUACGGUCCUUUAGAUUAAUACUGAUUAUAUAGAGCACGAAAGAAUUGAACAUUUUCUUUGUAUACUUUUUUACACUAAUUUUAUUGUUAUACAUAAAUGGUAGUCUUCAUUUUUGAAGUCUUUUACAUUUUCACUCUUUUUUUAAUGAAGUAUUUCAUACUACAAAAAUACAUAGAUGUAUAUAAAGGGAUAAUAAAAUGUAAAUAUCUGUGUACUCAUCAGCCACCUUAAGAUACAGGAUAUUGCCUACAUUUUAGAAGUUUCCUAAGGCCCUCUCCCUCUCAAAUAAUUAUUUGGAAUUUUGUGUUUGUCAUUUGCCUAUUAUAGUUUUACAACAUACGUACGUAUCUGUAAGUGAAAUGUUAAUUUUGUAUGUUUCUGAAUUUUAUAUAAAUGGCAAAAUGUUUAUUUCUGUGACUUUCUUUCAUUUUUAUUGCUAUAUAGUAUUAUAUAAAUAUACCACAACUUAUUCAUUCUUCUCUUGAUGGACAUUUGAGUUUUGUGUAUUUAUUUUUGUUUUUGCUGUUGAAACAAUGCUGCUGUGAACAUUGUAUCUAGGAGUUAUAUUGCUUGAUAUAUUGAUAAAAUAAUGCCAAAUUUGU